AUGGACGAAUGGUGGUGGUGGGUUCUGGUAGCGAUAUUGUCGUUUUGUGCACUGAUUCUGAGCUCAUGUGCCCUCUACUUCGGAGCGAGGAUAUGUGUGCGGCAGAUCAAAAGGAAGGUCAAAUAUUCAGAGGUGCCGACCUCGGUUCCGGAGAUCAAAGUCAGCGUGCCGCAGAGUACAUCCACAUUGUCAAUCAGCAAAAUGAAUGGCUCGUAUCGGGCUCGGGUGCUCAGUAGGAACGGAUGUUCGCCACCGUGGAUGGAUCGAACAUUUGAUCUCUCCAAUCGGAGCACUCCUUGUACAUCUCCAGCGAUCGCCUCAACUUCCGAUAGCUGCGAACUUCUUGGCGAUGAUCCGAGAUCUGCAUCUUCUUUGCGAAAUUCAAUGUUCUUAUUCAACGUCGAUGGAAACCAUGAAGUUAUAGACGAGAUGGAGGAUAUCGACGAGCGAUCUGUGAUGCAUUACGAAUUGGGUUUCUACGAUAAGUCGGACGGAGGUUGUAUUCGUGGAACACUCACGUUUGCACUUAGAUAUGAUUUCAUCCAUAGGGUACUAAUGUUACACGUAAUCCGUGCCAACAAUCUUCCAGUCGAAGACAAAGGAACUACGGUGGAUCCAUAUGUGAAAAUGUAUUUGUUACCGGAGCGACGUGGUCAUUGUAAAACUAGAAUUUGUAAGAAGAAUAACGAUCCGGAAUUCAACGAAAUGUUUUCUUUUGAUGUCUCGUUCAAUAACUUGGCAAACCGAAUGCUACAAUUUACUGUCUAUGACUUCGAUCGUUUCACUCGCCACGGGCUCAUCGGAAAUAUCAUAAUGCGGGAUCUCUUCGAAAAAUCCGAUCUUUACACGUGGACUGAGUACACAAUGCACAUUGUUGGAAGUCAGAAUAAAAACGACUAUGGGGAUCUUUUGCUCUUUUUGACAUACUCUCAUCAAGACGAAAAACUAUCCAUAAACGUGUCGAAGGCCUAUAAUUUGAGGCCAAUGGAUAUUACUGGAGCUUCCGAUCCUUAUGUGAAAAUCGAGCAAACAUUCAACGGAAAACGCUUCAAAUCCAAGAAGUCUUCAACAAAACGAGCAAAUUUGAAUCCAGUCUUCCAUGAAACUCUAAUUUUCGACAUUCCAUCAAGUCAAAUCGCAGAAACGAACAUAUUGAUUCAAGUCAUGGAUUGGGAUAGAAUAGGAAAAGAUGAUCUUCUGGGGUGUUGUAUAUUGGGUAAGGACAGUCCGACAGCUGACGGGAGAACUCAAUGGGAAAAUUGUCUAAACGCGGUUCCAGAGGAAGGGCAGCAGAAAAACAAACCGGUCGGUCAAUGGCACAGUCUUCUUUCCGAAGUUCCAGAAGCCUACAAGAACAUGCCAAAGGCCAAAAAAUAA